GUCGCGCAUUCUACGCACACCCUACGCAGCUGCAGCCUUGGUAGUCGAGGAAGUAACGUGAACAGGCUAGGCCAGGUGGUGUUGCUGGUGUGUGUACUGCAAGUGUGCGGGGGAUAAAACUGAAUAACUCGUAAAUUGUCGAGUCCACAAUACCACGAUGUUCAAUCGGAUGACAAGCCUUUGGAUGGGUGAUUUAGACCCAUACAUGGAUGAAAAUUUCAUCAAGCAGGCAUUCAGUAAUAUGGGAGAGACCGCAUAUGGGGUCAAAAUUAUAACACACAGGGUAACUGGAGGAUCAGCAGGAUACUGCUUUGUGGAACUGGCAGAUGAAGCAAGUGUAGACCGCUGCGUACACAGGCUCAAUGGGAAGCUGGUCCCUGGUUCAAAUCCUCCCAGAAAGUUUAAGCUGAACUAUGCGACAUAUGGGAAGAGGCCAGAGCCAGGCCCUGAAUUCUCAGUCUUUGUUGGGGACCUCACCUCCGAAGUCGACGACUACCAGCUUCACCAGUUUUUCUUGAAGAAGUACACGUCAUGCAAAGGGGCCAAAGUCGUCACUGACCCGUAUGGGAACUCGAGAGGCUACGGUUUUGUGAAGUUCGGCGAUGAGAGCGAGCAGAAGAAAGCCCUGGAGGAGUUUCAGAAUGCCUCUGGACUGGGAGGAAAGCCCAUCAGGAUCAGCAUUGCUGUCAACAAGAGCAACAAGUCCAGCAACUAUCACAAUCAGAAUCAUAACUACAACAACUACCAGCAACAGUACUAUCAGCAGCCCUACCAGAACUACUAUCCACAGUGGGGCUACGAUCAGUACAACAGCUAUGGAAACUAUGGCUACAACCCUUAUGGCACCCCUCCACCAAUGCCACCGCAUGGGAUGAUGCCUCCUCCGCCCAUGGGAAUGCCACCUAUGCCCCCAGAUAUGCAGCCUCCCACAGAGCAGUCUCAGGAAGCCAUAGACGAAGGUGAAGAGGAUAACUCUGAGGACCCCAACCCCCAGAUGGAUGUGGACACUCUGAAUCGGCAGUUCAUGGAGCGCAGCGAGGAGCUCUACGACUCUCUGAUGGGCUGUCACUGGCAGCCCCUGGACAACAUCACGUCAGAGAUCCCGGCAGCCAGCUCAUGAUGUGUCCCCUGUAUAGCCUCUGUCCUGAAACCGCUGCCACUCUUUUUACCAAACAUCCCUUUUUAAACGCAACAGAGCACGGCACACUUUCCAAACUAUGUCCAUUUUUUUUAAUUAUUAUUAUUAUUUGGAUUGAGCAUCAAACAUCAACAUUUUUGGGAGCACAUUAUAGCCCUGAGUAAUGUAUGUACAGUUUUCUUGAUUUCUUUUUCUUGAUGUAGAUUGGAAAUGGCCUGAUUUUGGUAUAUAAAUAUUUUGAGUAGGGGUCGAGGUUACCCUCAAUGCAGUGCAAAUAUCAGUGAUUUAUCUUUUUUGUGUGUGUGUAAGAUUUUCUUUUUUCUUUAAAGAUGACAAAUAUGGUAAUUUGAUGUAAUUUUUGAGAUAGCAAGCAUGUCCAUGUGUAUGGUGUAUUGUGAUAGACAUAGUAAUGUCUGGCUGAUGUUUUACAUUGAUACAACCAACAUUCGGACAUAAAUGUGAAAUAUUACAUAGCCCAAAUCUUGGUGCAUUGUGGUCCCUCCCCUUAAAACAUCCUUUUUUCCCUCAUGAAGUCUUGCCGUUUUGUUAUUUUUAUUGCAUUUUGAAGAUAUUUUUGUAAUAAAAUCAAACAUUGAUUGGUGAAUAACAUUAUUAAAAACACUUUCAUAUUC